CUCUCUUCGUUCUCUCUCUCUCUUACAACUACUUAACAAAAAGAACCCAAACACUCUAUCCCUUCAUUCUUUCUUCUUCUUCAAAAAUUUUUGCUUUCUUCUUCUUCUUCUUCUUCAAUGGCGAACAAUCCAGAUACUCCUAACCAAGAUUUCCUCGAACAGCUUCUUGAGAUGCAAACUUACGCCGCCGCAGCUGCCGCCGCCGCUGCCGCCGGUGACCCUAAUUUGGCGGGAACUGAUGUGAAUUUGGGCCCCGGAGCUCCGAUGAUGCUCCAAUUAAGCUCCGGCCCAGGUGGGUUUCAUGGGCCGCCCGUUUUUCCGUUGGGCUUGAGCUUGGACCAGGCUGGUAAGCCCAAUUCUGGGUUUAUGAAACAUGACGAGGGUUCUAGUAGUGCUAAUAAGCGUUUUCGUGAUGACCCUCAACAUCAUCUUGUUGAUGCUUCUGCUAAUUCUGCUCAUAAGAAUGUAUACCAUGGCCAGCCGAUGUCGAAUCCUGUUCCCGUGGCGCCGCAUCAACCUGCUGUUCGUCCGAGAGUACGAGCUAGACGAGGGCAGGCUACUGAUCCACAUAGUAUUGCUGAGAGGUUGCGUAGAGAGAGAAUUGCUGAAAGAAUUAGGGCAUUGCAAGAGCUUGUUCCAAGUGUCAACAAGACAGACAGAGCUGCUAUGCUUGAUGAAAUCGUGGAUUAUGUGAAAUUCUUGAGGUUGCAAGUCAAGGUUUUGAGCAUGAGUAGAUUGGGUGGAGCUGGUGCAGUGGUGCCACUCGUUACAGACAUGCCAAUAUCAUCUGUUGAGGAAGAAGGUGGGGAAGGUGGGCGAGGUCAACCCGUGUGGGAAAAAUGGUCGAAUGACGGAACUGAAAGACAAGUUGCAAAGCUCAUGGAAGAAAAUGUUGGGGCCGCAAUGCAAUUCCUUCAAUCCAAGGCACUUUGCAUCAUGCCUAUCUCACUCGCAUCCGCAAUCUACCACACACAGCCGCCAGAUGCAGGGUCACUUGUGAAGCCCGAGUCAAACCCACCUUCAUAAAUCUCCAUAUCAGAAGGUGAUUUUCCUCAGUUUCCUUCAUCUUAACUCGCUAAUCUGAUCAUGGGUCCCACUCUAUAUAGCUGUCGAAAUCCAACCUCUCCAAAGAAAUCAGUUCAAUCAUCUCAUCUUUGAAUUUGAUAUCAAAGUCAGAUGCCAUAGUGCCCAACUUUUUUAUUAGUUUUGUCAACAAAUAGGGACUAAUAUCAUGGCUAAAAAAUUGGAAGCACACCUCUAACAUUAGUCUUUGUUGAGUUCAAGUAAAGGCAAGAAAUGGGGGAAAAUUGUCAAAGCUUAACUUGAGUUUCUGAAUUUUGAAUUCUAAUAUGGUGGGGAUGAAGAGUUAGUGGUGGAUGACAAAAGCACUUUAUGUAAUAUUAUGUUAGUGGAGGGUUGUCAAUUUUUUUUUCCUCUUUCUUAGUGGGUGGUGGGACCUUGAUAAAGGAAUGGAUGAGUACAUAUAUCUUUUGUAAUAUUUUAUGUAUUUUUCUUAUCAGGAAAGAAUGCAGAUUUUAGAAAGGAUAAUGUUUAGUUGUCCAGAAUAGCUUCUUUUAUUGUAUAGUUCAAUUCAUAUCAUUUAAUUA